GACAUUAGCAGUUUAGAACCAAUCACGUUUGACCUACAUCGAUAAUGAAAACAUACCAACAUAAAAACUAGUAGAAAAUUAAAAAUAGGGAAAAAUCAUACAUGAAAAUUUUCUAGGUAAUCCCUGCGUAAAAAUAAUUUUAGUUUCCGACUAAAUACAUUUAAAAUGUUGCUCUAACGUACAGUAACCUGCAUGUUGUGUUCGAACUGUAGAGGUGAUACAGUGACUAUAUUGUUGCGUUGUCCACCGUAAGGUACAGCUAACGAGAACCGUACAUCUUCCCUUUCCGUAUGGCUGCAUAUGUUAAUCGAACCAUAUCCAUGAUGGCUGGCGACGGGCCGCACAAUGUGGGGCUCAACAACGGCAAUGUGCGCGUCAACAUGUCAAACGUGGACUCCCCGCUGCAGAUUUUUGUGAGAGCCAAGAAGAAGAUCAAUGAUAUAUUUGUGGAGAUUGAUGACUAUGUUAAAGAUGCCGUCACAUUUAUGCAUGCCGUGUCAGGCGACAACAGUAUCGCGACCCCACAGGACGUCACCAAUGUGGAGGCCUAUGUUAGUAAAGUGCAGGCCAUUAGGGAGGUGCUCAAGAGGGAUCACAUGAAAGUCGCGUUUUUUGGCAGGACGAGCAACGGCAAGAGCACAGUGAUAAACGCCAUGCUGCACGACAAGAUACUGCCGAGCGGCAUCGGGCACACCACCAACUGCUUCCUCCAAGUAGAAGGUUCCGAUACCGAUGAGGCCUUCCUGCGCACAGACGGCUCUGAUGAGAAGCAACCCGUACAGUCGGUGAGCCAACUCGGGCACGCCCUCUGCGCGUCGCGCCUGCAGGAGUGCUCGCUGGUGCACGUGUACUGGCCGCGCGAGCUGUGCGCGCUGCUGCGCGACGACGUGGUGCUGGUGGACAGCCCCGGCGUGGACGUGACGCCCAACCUGGACGAGUGGAUCGACCAGUACUGCCUCGACGCGGACGUGUUCGUGCUCGUCGCCAACGCCGAGUCCACGCUCAUGGUCACCGAAAAAAACUUUUUCCACAAAGUAUCGACAAAGAUAUCGCAACCGAACAUUUUCAUACUCAACAACCGGUGGGACGCCUCCGCCUCCGAACCUGAAUAUCUGGACCAGGUCCGAACCCAGCACGCUAACCGCUGCGUGGAUUUCCUCUCGCGCGAGCUGCGAGUGUGCUCGCCCAAAGAAGCAGAAGAACGCAUCUUCUUUAUCUCUGCUAAAGAAGCGUUGCUGACGCGCAUGCGCGAGAGAGAGAAGCCCGUCACAUCGCCGACGCUGGUGGAGGGCCACCAGGUGCGCUACUUCGAGUUCGUGGACUUCGAGCGCAAGUUCGAGGAGUGCAUCAGCCAGUCCGCCGUGCGCACCAAGUUCGCGCAGCACUCGCGCAGGGGCAAGAACAUCGCCUCCGACGUCGUGGCCAAGCUCGACCUGGUGUACAACAACGCUACAGAACAAAAAUCCGCCAAAGUAGAGAAGCAGCGUAUUCUGCACGAACAACUGAGUUCCAUUGAAGAGCAACUGACGACCGUCACCCGCCAGAUGAAGGACAAGAUCAACCGCAUGGUCGAGAGUGUCGAACACAAGGUGUCACUGACCCUCAGUCAAGAAAUCCGUCGCCUCGCAGCCCUAGUGGAUGAGUACGACACCCCGUUCCGCGCCGACCGCGCCGCACUCGAGCAGUACAAGCGAGCUUUACACCGUCACGUGGAGGCCGGACUAGGGUCCCGGCUCAAGAAGAGGCUCAGCCACGAUAUAGGACACGAGAUGGACGAGGCGCAGAAGGAGAUGGCCGAGCGCAUGUACAACAUCCUGCCCAUGCACAAGCGGGCCGCGGCCGCCACCGUGAUGCAGCCCCACCAGCAGCCCUUCGAAGUGCUGUACCGGCUCAACUGCGACAACCUGUGCGCCGACUUCACCGAGGACCUCAGCUUCCGCUUCUCCUACGGCCUCACGGCCAUCAUACAGCGCUUCCAGGGCAGGGGGCACACUAAAACAGCGCUUAAGAACGCCCCGCAAUACACGCCGAUCCCGGCGACGAUCACCCCGGCGCCCAACUCCAUGGAGCUGACGCGGCCGGGCGGUGUGGUGGGACCCUUCAGCGCCGAGGAGUGGAGCCUCGUGUCCAAGUUCGCGCUCGGCGCGCUCACCUCGCAGGGCACCAUGGGCGGCCUGCUGCUGUCCGGCUUGCUGCUCAAGACAGUCGGGUGGCGCAUAGUAGCCGUGACCGGGGCCGUGUACGGCGCCCUCUACCUGUACGAGCGGCUCACGUGGACCGCCAAGGCGCAGGAGAGGCUGUUCAAGAAGCAGUACGUGACGCACGCCAGCAACAAGCUGCGGCUCAUCGUGGACCUAACCUCCGCCAACUGCAGCCACCAAGUGCAGCAGGAACUAUCGACAAUGUUCGCCCGCCUGUGCCGCCUCAUCGACGAGGCGACCACCGAGAUGGACGAGGAGCUGAGCGAGGUGCGCGAGGCCAUCAAGAUGCUAGAAGACGCCUCCACUUCGGCCAAGAAACUGCGCAACAAGGCCAACUAUCUAGGCCACGAGUUGGAGUUGUUCGACGACGCGUUCCUCGCACACAACUGAGUGACAUUGCUGUGGUAUGGAAUGUGCUGCUCACAGAGACCGCCGCCAAGCGGCGUCGCGCCGAAGGUAAACGUACGUUAUGUUCAGUGUAUAGUAUAGCGAAUAUACCUCCAUGUACAUUACUACGACUUGUUGUUUUCACACGUUAUUUAUUAACAUGUUUUAUAGCGAUCGAAUUACGCGAAGGCUAACUUCUAGGAAACCGUUGAAUGUUUGACAUUUUACUCGCUUGAAUGAAUUUAUGUUAGGUUUAUUGUGGUUCCUUUGUGAUUUUAGUUUAUAGUUUGCCUCCGACACCGCGGUGCUAUCUGUACAUACGAGUAGAGAAGCUCUCGAACGUUUAGUUUCACUAAAACAAAUUGUUAUUGUAAUUUUAGGAAAUUCUAACACAAUCUUAUGAAUUACAUUUACGCUGCUCGUGUUAUCUGUCUGUAUGUUACGUAUUUAUUAGUGUAUAGUUAUCGCUUUAACUCCUAGGUUCUGUAAACGCACGACGUAAUUCGUGCUAGAGAUUAUACGAAUUAGUUACCUAAAGGAACUAGGACCGGUACUUUGGCAAUGCGUUCGCCUGAAGUAUUGAUUACCUGUGAUACAACUUUAUAUGGCUUUUUAGCGUUUUGCGUGUUCACUACACGAUACACUGCAGUGUACGACGUUUUGAUAACUGGUACUGUACCAAAUCUGUUUUACUCAUAAUGAAAUUGAUAAUCAAGUUAUGUUAUGGAUGACUCACGCUACGGGGCCGAGUGACAUUUA